AGACAUCGGAAGGGUGCCAAAAGAAGGGUCCUCCCCCUCCCUGUGAUAGAGUGCCGCGAUGGUAGUAGUGGUGGCAGUCACCCUCGAAACACUGGUGCCACCACUCCCGCGGCGCCCACUCAACUUCUCUUCUUCAGCUGUUUCCAAGCAGAGGAUUGAGCCGGGUCGUGUCUGCAGGAUCCCCACCAAGCCUCCCACCAAUGGUGUCCACGCGCCCCUCCUCCUUCAUCAUGGGAUCCAUCGGAGAUUUCGCUGAGGAGUUUUGGAAUGUGGAGGUGGGAGACUUCGGCGGGUGGGAGGUUGUGAGUCAGAGAACGAAGGAGGCUGCCAAGGUCACCUCCACCUGUGUUGACUUCAUGAAACAAGUGGCCGCGGCGCUGGACGUGUUUGGGAAGACGCUGGUCCGGGUAGCCAAGAGCUCGACGCUGCCAGAUCUGGAACAUGGGGAACUGAGGAACUCCCUGGUGACGGCGCGGGAUGGCGUGGAAGCAUUAGGGCAGGACGCCACGGAUGCAGCGGCGGCGGUCACCUCGCAGGCCAAUCAGCUGUCCAAUCACCUGACGGACGCCAGACUCUCCCGCCGGCGUGCCACGGAAGAUAUCAAGAAGCGCCAGCAACAAGUGAAGGAAGGAGUGCGGCGCGUUCAGCAUGCCCGCCGGAAUGCGCAGCACAAGAUGAGGGACCUGGUAGACGCAGAGACCCACCGCUUGAAUCUGGAGUGCCGACCCGACGCCAAGGUGAAGGAACGAGAUAGGGACAAGGCGUGCCAGGCGGAGGAGCGUGCGGCAGAGGCCCUGAAGGAAGCGGAGAGCCAGCACAAGGAGACGGUGAAAGCUCACAACACUGCCGUGGAGUCGUGGUGCUCCAUCGCCUCCUCCGCCUUCAGGACGCUGCAGGACGUGGAGGAGACGCGAGUGAGGCUGGUGCGGGACUCCUUCUGGGCUGUGGCGAACGUCUGCUCCCUUCUGGCCGUCCACAUUGACCAGCACCAGGACGCCCUGAGGACAGCGCUGCUGCAGGUGGACGUCGGGGAGGAGGUGGCAGCAUGGGUCUCUCAGCAUAGAACCUGCCAGACGCAACCCAUUCCUCUCGUGUAUUCCCCUGUGCCGCGCCCUCCUGCCGGAAUGACCCCCACCUCCUCAGCUCGCUCCACACUCAAUUCAGCCCACUCCACUCUCAACUCCUCAGCUCGCUCCACCAUAACGGAAGUGUCAGCAGGCAGCGAGGACAGCGGUGAGGACAGUCCCGUCCCCGUCAGGAAGGCCCGAGCGUUGUAUAAAUUCGCUGCGAGGAGCGGAAGCGAGGUGUGUCUGAAGGCGGGGCAGGCAGUGGUGGUGAUGGAGGGUGGUAGCAAGGAGUGGAGUCUGGUGAGGACCAUUGAAGGCACCUUGGGUUUUGUCCCCACCAAGUUCAUCACACCUCCGGAAAAAGAAGCUUGAGCAUGGGAUUAGAAAAUGGUCUUCUCUGUCUGUGGAUUUCUCAUCCGGACUGUUCCCUGAAAAUACCUUUCUAUUUCUAUGUACAAUCAUAAAACAAUAAAGAACCUUUUGCUUAUUUAA